AAACAUUAUUUAAAAAUUAUUUAUAACCAACAACUGCAUAUUUAAUACAUCGCAUGUAAUACAUUUCAGUUAUUAAAUAUAUAUUUUUAAAUGAUUUAGAUUUUGAACUCUUUUUAAAUUCUUUUUUUUUUUUACUUAUUUGUUUAAAAUGUCAGGUAAGUGUUUGGCAUAUAGUCCAUAUUUGCAGAUAAAAAUCCUAAUUCCAACAUUGUUUGGCUUUCUUCUCGUCGCUCCCGUUACCGUGGUAACGGGGAGAGCGAAGCGGAUGAGCGCGGAAGACCCCGGGAAAAGUGACGUCACUGAGCCGCUCUCACCGUCCAUCGGUUAAACUAUGACCUUAGCAGUCGAUGAUGAUGGUGCUCAUCAACGGGGACGGCGGUUCCGCUCGCAAACGGGUUCAGCAGACGGACCGGUACCGGAAGCAGAAACUUGUGUCGAGAUUGAGCGACUCCGGUUUCGAGGAAGACUUGGCUGCUUGUGUCCCGACGUGUUCUUCUUCCUCCACCCGGACAGUCUCGUCGCCGCUGCGGGCGGACGAACCCGGGGACGCGGCAGCCGCGCAACAGUCCAGAUGGUACCAGCAGUACGGUGACGUUGGCUACAGGAUCCAGAGGGAGAGGGAGGCUCUUUUUUAUCCGUGCAAAAGUCUCCUUCUGCAGCCACAAGUGACAGCCGAGGCACGCUGCAAGCUGGUCAGCUGGCUCAUCCCCGUGUGCAAACACUUCCGUCUGUCUUUCGAGUGCUGCUGCCUGGCCGUCAACAUCAUGGACAGGUUCAUGGCGUGCACGCCGGUGGCCGCGGACUGUUUUCAGCUUCUUGGCGUCACCGCGCUGCUCCUUGCCAGCAAAAAGGUGGAGGUGUGCUCCCCAAGUAUCAGUCAUCUCUUGUCGCUGUGCUGUGACGCCUUCACCAAGGAGCAGCUCUGCAACCUGGAGUGUCUCAUCCUGCUGCGCCUCCACUUCCGCCUGGGGGCGCCCACCCUGGCCUUCUUCCUGGACCACUACGCCAACCGCACGGCACCGCCCGCACAGUGUGCCAGCCUGGCCCGUAAAGUGUGCGAAUUGAGCCUCGCCGACUGCACCUUCGACAAAUACGCCCCGUCACUGACGGCCAGCUGCGCGCUGAGCCUGGCGUGCGAGUUACUCCAACCGCAGCGGGCGAAUGCCACAACUUGUCCGCGGGACAGCAUGAUGGCGACUCAGUGUGAGGACACUUCAGCGGCAUGGAGGCCUGAUCUGGCUCAGGAGUGCAGAAACAACCUGAAACUGCUGCUUGCACUCAAUCAGGAGUCAUUAGAUGCAACCUUCAACAUGUGAAAAUAUAUCAUAUUUCACUUUUAUGACGCUGGUCUUGGACUGAUCACCAGUCAGUCAGGGCCGUUAUUGAUCCAUGAUCAUUUCAGUCAAGGUCUGGGGCAAAAGGAAGCUGCAAAUUCAAACAAGAACCAACCAACAGCGAGCAUAUGUUACUAAUAGUUAGUUAAGGGAACUUAUUUAACAAAUAAACAUCCAUAUGUGUCACAGUCUGAAGUUAAACUUUGUAAAAACUGCAGUUCGACCUGGAAAAAAAAAUAGCAUUCAAAAUCAGGGGCAGGGCAGCCCCUCAUUUUAUCCCUAGCCCUUUCCUGCUCCAUCACUGAUAAGAAUAUAAUAGUAAAUUUCCACAGACAUUCACAAUGGCACACAGAGUUCGUGCUGGGGUGGAGUCCUGGGCAGCAGGAUGUGCAAAUUUAUGUUUAAAUUAUGUUCAAUUUGUUAUUUUGCACUGGAAAUGUUUUUAAAUAUAUAUUUUGAAUUUUUAUAUUUUAUUGUUUUAUUUUUAUUGCAAUGAUUUCUCAAAAUUAUACAAUAACCGUCUUUAAACAAUGUUUUUUUUUCACAAUAAACAAUAAUAGUGAAUUAUAAAAAUAAAAAUAAAUGAAUACAUUUAAGUACAGAAAUUUUUCUUAAAUAAUGUCAGUACAACCCCCCCCCCAAAAAAAGAAAAAAAAACACAAAAAAAACCCCACUCCAAUCUCUAUAAACUUAUGCAUAGGUAUAGAGACAUAUACUCAUCCUA